GAUGGGUUCAGCGGCAGCGCACUCCGCUGCCACGAGAGGGCGACAGCGUCCCGCAGACGACGCAGAGGCAACUACCGCUGGAGAAACUCCAUGCGACUUUUCUUUGGGGAAACUGAAGCCCAGAGAGAGGUCACGCCGUCCCGAGGCCACACCGCAGCUGUGGACCUGGGGGUGCCCGAGCGUCCCCUGCAUUCAGCUCUGUGGCGGGACGGGGGCUGAGGAUGACUGGAGCAGGCACAAGGGCUGCGGGGAAGGUAGGGUUUGCCAGAGGCUGAAAAUUGGGAAGGGAACAUCAGGUAUGUCAAGAGCUGGUUGAUGACCGGGGAGCGAGGCUCUUGGAGGAGUCCAGCUGGGGCUGCACGAUGACCCAUGCAUAACCUUCUGAGGUCAGGACUGAUUAUUACUUUCUCCCGGCUCUACAGAGGUGGAAACUGAGGCUCCAAGAGGUUGUCAUUUGCCCAGAGCCACCAGCUAAGCGGGACUUGAAUCAGGGAAGGGGUGCAGCAGGCACCAGUGUGGAGGGCGGUCCCACCCACCUCCUCCACUUCUCCCUUUGCAUAGCGGGGGAAACAGGCCUGGAACAGUCAUAGGCUCUCUGGCCCUCAACUGGGGCGAGAGUCCCCCGCCCCAAAUCGGGCUGGACAUGCCUCGAGUCACGUCUACGAGGGGCUGCUGGUGAGCGAAUUAAGCCGAGAAGCUGAAGGCUCUGCUAGGUGACCUCAGGCCUGGGCUCUGCCUCGGGACCUCUUUUUCCCCUCUUUGCCCCCGGGGUCCGCGAGAGGCCAGCUCUGGCCGCCUAAGGGCUUCAGUUUCUCCCCUGGGUCCGCAAGGGAAGGGGGCAGCCGGCGGUGAGCAGGGGCGUUUGUUAUUUUGCUCCACGCCUGGGCAGAGCCACGCCCCUUAUCGCGCUAUUGGUGGAGUCCCUUCCGGGGGCGGGGGAGAGACGGUGACCCCACCCCCCCCCGCCCUGCCGUAUAAAAGCGGCGCCGACGCACGGCGCGGGGAUUUUCUGCUCUGGUUUGUGAGCGCGCUUGCGCGUUGACGGCGAUUUUGCGUUCUGAGGCUGCAGCGUCGGCUUCUUGAGCUGCCGGUUCGCGGGUUCGAGACCAGGUUCCGCGUGUCGUGGGUUCGCACCCUGGGCGCGAUGCUAUUCAACAAGGUGAAAGUGUUCUCAGUGCAGUUGGACGGCGCGACCGCGGGCGUCGAGCCCGUGUUUAGCGGCGGCCAGGCCGUGGCGGGCCGGGUGCUGCUGGAGCUGGCAAGCGCCGCGCGCGUGGGUGCCCUGAGGCUGCGCGCGCGGGGCCGCGCCCACGUGCACUGGACCGAGUCGCGCAGCGCGGGCUCGAGCACGGCUUACACGCAGAGCUACAGUGAACGCGUGGAGGUUGUGAGCCACCGCGCCACGCUCCUGGCGCCAGAUACCGGGACGACCACGACGCUGCCUCCUGGGCGCCAUGAGUUCCUGUUCAGCUUCCAGCUGCCCCCGACCCUGGUGACAUCCUUCGAGGGCAAACACGGUAGUGUCCGCUACUGUAUCAAGGCCACCCUGCACCGGCCCUGGGUCCCAGCACGCCGGGCAAGGAAGGUGUUCACUGUCAUCGAGCCUGUGGACAUCAACACGCCAGCCCUGCUGGCACCUCAAGCGGGGGCUCGGGAAAAGGUUGCCCGAUCCUGGUACUGUAACCGUGGCCUUGUCUCCCUUUCGGCCAAGAUCGACCGCAAGGGCUACACCCCAGGAGAGGUCAUCCCUGUCUUUGCCGAGAUCGACAAUGGCUCCACACGUCCUGUGCUGCCUCGGGCAGCUGUGGUGCAGACACAGACGUUCAUGGCCCGAGGCGCCCGAAAGCAGAAACGGGCGGUGGUGGCCAGCCUCGCGGGCGAGCCAGUGGGCCCCGGGCAGCGGGCGCUGUGGCAGGGCCGGGCACUGCGGAUCCCCCCAGUGGGUCCUUCCAUCCUGCACUGCCGCGUUCUACAUGUGGACUACGCACUCAAGGUCUGUGUGGAUAUCCCGGGAACGUCCAAGCUGCUGCUGGAGCUGCCACUGGUGAUCGGCACCAUUCCCUUGCACCCUUUUGGCAGCCGUUCCUCCAGUGUGGGCAGCCAUGCCAGCUUCCUGCUGGACUGGAGGCUGGGGGCCUUGCCGGAGCGGCCUGAGGCUCCUCCUGAGUACUCGGAGGUGGUAGCCGACACCGAGGAAGCAGCCUUGGGGCAGAGCCCCUUCCCACUUCCGCAGGACCCCGACAUGAGCCUUGAAGGCCCGUUCUUUGCCUACAUCCAAGAGUUCCGCUACCGCCCGCCACCCCUGUACUCUGAGGAGGAUCCAAACCCACCCUCGGGGGACAUGAGGCCGCGCUGCAUGACUUGCUGAACGGCACAGGGACCCCUCGAGGAAUGAGGUUGCACACCAGCUUUCAGCCACCGUGACUGUGGGGGAGCGGCUGGACCAAGGGCUGACCUCCCCGACUGCAUCGAAGUUGGGGAACCAAGUGUCAGAGUGAGGCGGGGCCUUUCGGAUAUCACAUGGGACAGAGGAAGAGCCCGGCUGGAAUCUGACUUAUCUGGACCGCUGUCCUUGUGAGGCAUUGAAUGCCCAGUGCAGUAUCCGAGAGACUGUUUAAUAACCUGUCUUGCCAGCCUGUUGGCGGUGCUGGAAUCCCCCAGGAGCCUUCAGUCUGGGAGAAACAGAGCCAGACAUAGACAGUUCCAGCAUCACAGAACCAGAAGAAGAGACCUGCAGCUGUGAGUCCAGACAGGAAGCAGAGAAGGCGUCCUUGCAGAAAGGGCAUUUUAGCUGAAGCUUUGGAGUAUGAAUAGGAGCUCAGCAGGCAGAUGAAUGAGGAAGAAAGGUCAGAGAAGGUCAGAGCUGAGUGAUGUUUGGAAUCCACCCCGUUUAUUGUUGAAUUGGGGGUUCAGAGGGCAGGUGCCUCAGAGUUGAGGCCACACAGUGAGGUCCGGUGGGUGAAAGGACCCAGGGAUGAGGCGUUCAGGAAAGCAGGUUGUCAGAGCUAUGUGGAGUCUGUGGGUGGCAGGGGCAGCCGCUCCAGCCUUUGAAGACUGAAAGCCAGAGAUUCCUGGCGCAGGCUUGGACUUCCUGGGAGCUCCUCCAAGUACCCAGGGGCAUCAGAGCUGCCUGGGUGUUACAUAGCCCAGGGAACCCAGGUUCAGGGUAGGACAGGCAAGACCAGAUACCUAAUGUGCAAAGUGAAAACACUAGGCUCCCUGUUAAAUGAUGAAGAAUUCAAGACGGUGACAGCAUUACGUCACCCCUGGGGACAGAGGUCAGCCUAAGGUGACACACUGGGACUACUGUGCUUCCGGAGGCUCCCUGUGUCCUGGAGGAGAAGAGCAUUAGAGGGGGCAGCUGGACAAGCUCCCAACUGCGGAGUCCCAGCCCUGGCUGGGGCAGGGCCCCAGCCUGGGACUCAGCAUUUCUGAUAUGCCUUAAGAAUUCAUUCUGUUUUAUACAAUUAUUUUUUAAAAGUAAACAUGUGGAGAAAGAA